AUGGCAUCUUUGUUCCGCAAAUGUCGAGAGGCUGUGAAAACCCUUGCAAAACGACCUUCUUUGACUAAGGAUCCGAGACAGUUGCAAUUUGAAGCUGAUGUUAACCGCUUGUUCCUUUAUUCUAGUUAUAAUCAAUUGGGGAAAAGUGCGAUGAAUCAGAUGCUGAAAAGAUUAUUGAAAAAGCCAUAUGCUUUUGGAGCAGCUGGCCCUCAAACAAGACCAUUAAGCCAAGCCGAAGUUUCUCAGAAAUUAAAAGAUCAACUUGGCUACACACUCAAUAUUAAACCUUCUCAAAUACCUCACAAGGAUGCUGGUCAGGGUCUUUUCUUAGACGGUGCAGUGGAUGUUGGUUCUGUGGUGGCCUUUUAUCCUGGUGUGGUAUACUCUCCGGCUUAUUAUCGCUACAUUCCAGGGUAUCCAAAGGUUGGUGCGCAGAACCCUUAUUUGAUUACUAGAUAUGAUGGGAAUGUAAUCAAUGCUCAACCUUGGGGUUCUGGAGGGGACAAAAGAGAACUGUGGAACGGUAGAAAUGCCGUAGAAGUGAAGCCUGAUACGAAAGUAGCAGAAAAAGGUUCAGACAGGGUCUGGAAAGUGCUGAGUAAGCCUUUGGUAGGGAAAGGAGACAACAGUGAAGUAAUUGAGCGCCGAAAUCCAUUAGCAUUGGCUCAUUUUGCGAAUCACCCUUCAAAAGGAGUGCUACCGAAUGUCACAAUCUGCCCCGAACUUAUUUCCAUGAUAAGUCAAGCAAAGUUUCGGUUGAUCAAAUUCAGGAAUCCAAACUAA